AUGUUUUUCUGCGAAGAGGAAUUGGAGACGGCUUUUCGCGCCUUCAGGGAAAGGGCUUGCACUACUUUCUUGGUAAUACUGGGCCAUUCGCCAUUAGCAGCGGUCAUAUCCUCUAAUAACCCCCACUUCGUUGAACUGACGUACUACGACCCGGUAUUCCAAAUAUUCUACAACGGUAACCUGAUAGUGCAGAGUUUCUUCGUCCUGUCGGGCUGUCUGCUGGCCUUCAACCUUCUGCUGAUGGAGGAGAAGACGCAGCUGACGUGGCCUAAGUUCCCUAGAUUUGUCAUACUUAGGUGGUUGCGGUUAACCCCACCUUACGCUGCAGUGCUGGCCGUGAUCGCCACUUGGAUGAAGAGGUUCGGAGACGGGCCUACGUGGAAGCCCGUGGUAGGCGCAGAGACGGAGGCCUGUCGUCGCGACUGGUUCUACCACCUCCUGUACUUAAACGACUACGUUGACCACUCUCAGUGCAUGGCGCAUACCUGGUACAUAGCGGUAGAUAUGAAGCUCACAAUAUUGGGGCUGCUGGUGUUCUGGCUGGUAAAGAGUUGGCGUGCGCGGAAGAUCGCCAUUGGCUUGGCGUUCGUGGUUGGCGUCGUCGCGCCAGCGCUCAGCACCUUCUUGCUCAACUUGAACGCUAUUCAUCUCGUGUCGCCUGAAGUCGCUCGCAACUACUUCGUGGAAGACCCAACCUUCAACAACUUGUACAAGCGAACCCACACUAACAUCGUGUGCUACGCCAUGGGCCUGGCCCUCGGCAUGUGGAUCUACAAGAUGAUGCAGUCGGACAUAGACGUGACUAAGUAUAAAAAAUACCGGCCCGUCUACUGGGCAACGUUCCCCGUCGGAGCACUGCUGUGUGCGCUCGGCGGCAUCUUCUACAUGGACGGCAUCCAGGUGCCGCUCCUCGCAAGCGUGUUGUACUCACCGGGCAUCAAGCUCAUGUUCGGGCUGUUGGGGUUCGUGCUCAUUCCUGGGACCAUCUUUAAACUGGAGACUGUGUACCGUGGCUUCCUCGAGUGGCAAGGUAAUUUCUUUCCGCUGAUAUCGUUGUCUGAAAUUCCAGCUAUGUACCGUGGCUUCCUCGAGUGGCAAGGCUGGGCGGUGUUCGGCCGCGUCUCCUACUGCGCCUACAUCGUUCACGUGGCUGUCAUUCGGGUGACCACGGCCAACCAAACUACCUUGCAGCACUCGAAUCUCUUGCAGAUCAUUCUGACAUACUUCGCGCAUCUCGUCACGUCCUUCGUGAUAGCGCUGCCCUGCUGGAUGAUGAUCGAAUCCCCCUUCAACCAGCUGGUCAAGCUCUGCUCCUACCCUGCCCGCAAGGAUGAACCCCAAGAUACCCUCAAAACUAUGCCCCGAGAAGUUACCCUCAAAAAUAUGCCCCAAGAGAUAGACACAAAAGAUGUGAAUCCAGUGUUUAUGGAUAGCAGCAAAGAGAAAGAGUUUGAUGGCACGGUGGUGGUGAAAUUAUAGU